UUUUUUUUUUUCUUUUAAUCUAUAGAUUAUUAAUAAUGAUGAUGAGAGAACCUUUAGAUCAUAUUGCUGAACUUUUUGGUAUUAGAUCUAUUUACUUAAUAUAAAAUAGAGUGAUUUACUUAUUUUUAAAUAGAUGAACAUUUAAAAAAUCCUACUAAUUCACCUGCCACAUUUGAUCCUUCACCUGCUUUCUUGGAUAUAUUAAAAACCAACAAACAACAAAUUACUUCAAUUAAUGAUGUACCUGUUCAACAAAUACCUAAGAAUAGUUUAGUUCGUUUUCGUUGCAUGAUCCAAGAUACAGGAUUAGGCCAAGAAAUGUUCAUUUCAGCUUAUGAAAAAUUAGACAAAAAUGGAGUUUCAAAAUUACAUUGUAAUCGUUAUACGGAUGAGCCAAUGGAUACAGAGUUUAAUGAUCAACAUAUUAUUCAAAACGAACAUCUUUGUGAGCGCACUCUUGUUUAUUGUGUUUCUCCACCUGGUGAGAAUCAAUGGUCAAAAAAUGCUCAUAAUUUAAAUUCAGAUUCAUUAAGUGAUGGAAUGAAUCAACUUGAAAUCAAAGAAUCGAAUACUAUUUCGACCAAAAAAUAUCCUUUACCAGAACAAGCUCAUGUUUCAGCUAUUGUUAAAUUUUACAAUGAUAUGGGUGAAUCAAUUAAAGUGGGACAAUUAAUUGAAGUGAUUGGUAUCCGUGGACAAGAUUUACAGAGACAACAAGAUGAGGAGGAGGCAAAUCAUGAAUUUGAAUCAGUAUUAAAUUUAUUUUCAGACAUGCCCGUUAUUCAUGCCAUUGCUUAUAAUAAUCUUGAAGAGGCUCAAAGUAGUCCUCUUGCUAAAUAUGACGACAUUAUGGAUCAGGCAAAUGAUAUCCGCACUCAAUUAAUUGACUAUAUUGCUAUACACGCUUUAGGUGGUGAUAAGUUGGCAGCUGAAUUUGUUUUAUUACAACUAUUAUCUAGAAUUACUCUCAAAAACAGUGGAUUGAAAAUUGGAUCUUUUACUUUGAACGUGAGUGGAUUUUCUUCACAUAAAACAACUGAAUCGGAUAAAAAGAACUCAAUGCUAGCCUUGAAUAAUCCAGUAACAAAAACAGUAGCAGAUGUAUUAGAGAGUUUAACUGUCCAUUCAGUCAAUUUACCUUUGACAAUCGAUAUGCUUAACAAGACACGAUUUUCGCCCAAGAGUGUUAACGAAAACUUAGAAGCCGGUUUACUUCAAUUAGUAGAUGGUACUGUUCUUUUAGUGGAUGAAACUGUAUUAGAUGAAGGAAAACUUGUAGAUUUAGGUGUUCGAAAUUUCCAAGCACUUCAAAACUUGAUUCAGCACCAAACAUUAACUUACGAGUUCCCUUAUAGUCAAUACAAUUUUGAUACAGAUAUUAAUGUACUUUCAUUAUCUACUUCAAAAUCAAUGCUUCCUAAUCAUUGCUCUAUUCCUCUUGAAACUGUUAUUUCUCUUGAAAAUAAUAACAGAGAAAAGCCCUCAAACGAAACAUUAAAUCUUUUCAGAAAGUUUAUUCAUACAGCUAAAUAUUUACAAUAUGAUAUUUCUGAUGCUGUAUCUGAGUAUAUUCAAAGUUCCUUUGUAAAUGAACGUAAAGUAGCUUCUGAGAAAGGUAUAGAGUUGCCUUCACAAGAAGAUUUGAUGCUUCGAAUGAACUUAGCUAGAUUGGCUGCUGUUUCAUUUGGUGAAAAUAAUCUUACUCAAGAAAGAUAUGAUUAUGUUGUUGAUCUUGAUAAAAAACGUAAAGCAAGAUUGUCAAAUUAGCUCAUUCAUUGUAAAAAUAUAAUUACAAGUCAUUUUAUUAUUAUUUUUGUUUACUACUUAUUAUUUUCUUUUAUUGCUCAGUAAUAAACAUAUAAAAAUGUGUAUAUAUAGUA